GCGCUACGGAGCGGCGGAGGGGUCAAGCGUCGCCGCUCCUGCGUUGCGCGGAGGCCGGCAUGCCGCGCUACGCGCAGCUGGUGAUGGGCCCGGCGGGCAGCGGCAAGAGCACGUACUGCUCCACCAUGCUGCAGCACUGCGAGGCGCUGGGCCGCGCCGUGCAGGUGGUUAACCUGGACCCGGCCGCUGAGUUCUUCAGCUAUCCCGUCAUGGCAGAUAUACGGGAGCUCAUAGAGGUGGAUGAUGUUAUGGAAGAUGAUUCCUUACGGUUCGGUCCCAAUGGCGGCCUGGUGUUCUGCAUGGAGUACUUUGCCAACAACUUCAACUGGCUGGAGGAGAGCCUGGGGCACGUGGAGGAUGAUUAUAUACUGUUUGACUGCCCAGGUCAGAUUGAACUCUAUACACAUUUGCCAGUGAUGAAACAGCUGGUGGAACAGCUUCAGCAGUGGGAAUUCCGUGUCUGUGGAGUGUUUCUUGUCGAUUCUCAGUUCAUGGUGGAAUCUUUUAAGUUUAUAUCUGGAAUUCUGGCAGCACUCAGUGCAAUGAUCUCUUUAGAGAUUCCACAGAUUAACAUCAUGACUAAAAUGGAUUUGCUGAGCAAGAAAGCUAAGAAGGAAAUAGAAAAGUACUUAGAUCCAGAUAUGUAUUCUAUGAUUGAAGAUUCUACUAAUAUAUUGAAAAGCAAAAUGUUUAAAAAACUGACUAAGUCCAUAUGUGGAUUGAUUGAUGACUAUGGUAUGGUUCGAUUUCUACCUUUUGAUCGCUCCGAUGAGGAAAGUAUAAACAUAGUUCUGCAGCACAUAGACACUACCAUCCAGUAUGGAGAAGAUCUUGAAUUUAAAGAACCGAAGGAAUAUGAAGAAGAUAAAUCUGCACUUGUGGAUGAGUAUUUUCAAGAUCAUGUGAAUGAGUAAAGAGCAAAUGUUGGAAAAGAGGAAGAAAAUACAUUGCUUGUGUGUUUUAAAGAAAACCAAAAACAUCCACCUCCACACAAACAUAUUUAUUUGAUGUUUUGCCUUUAAGACAACUAACAUUUCUAGUGAAAAGUGAGCUAUAUGACAGUUCAUAUGACAGAAUAUAGUGAGCUAUAUUACUGUUUAUAGUUCUUUUGUAAAUACAGAAUGUUCCUAGAUUCUCAAACGUUUUCAAAAUAUUUUUUAUUAUUUCUCCUAAAAUAUAUUAGUCCAGUUUAAUAGCUACUUUCAGCUGUACUGGAGGAUGUUUUUCUGCUAGUCACAUCCAAGUAUUUAUGAACCUUUCCUUGAUCCUAAGGAAUGAGUUUUAUUCAUGCAGUUAUUGAAUAAAAGUAUUUUCUAAAAAGGGCUUCAUGGUUAUAUAAAGCUUAAUAUCAGUAAAUGCCCUUAUAUAGGCAUGUAAUCUUUCUCUAUGUAAUAUAUCGUUCGUGUUUUAGAAAUUAUCCCAUACAAAAUGUCAGCCAAGUACUUUGUUGGAAUAAGAGCAUCUAAUGUCAUUUUGUAGGAGUAGCUUGGUAAACCAAAGCAAUGGUUGAAUAUUUUGAGGCAGUGGCACUUAUCUAAACCUGAGGAUAUGACAAACCUACUCCCAGCGCUGGACAGUUAGGUGAGAGUUCAGGGUAGUCAUUGCCAUAACCAGAAAGAGGUUAGAAAACGCAGCUCUUGGGGACUUUGAUGCACGGAGCCAGAAAUCCUGACCAUGUUUAAUAGUUACAGUGUAACCUCAUUAUGUGGCAAGUCGUUUGAUGCCUAUGCUGAAUUAAUCACAUCCUGGCAGGGCUUGAUAUGGCUUGAUUCCAGCCUUCCACAUCCUUUGGACACGUCAUCAAAUCGUAGAAUGGUUUGGGUUGGAAGGGAUCUUCAAGACCAUCCAGGUUUCACCCCCACUGCCAUGGACAGGACUGCCAGCCAUCAGAUCUGGCUGCCCACAGCCCCAUCCAACCCGGCCUUGGGCACCUCCAGGGAUGGGGCACUCCCAGCUCUCCAGCAGUCAGUUCCGUGCCUUGCCACACCCAGGGCGAGGGAUUUCUUCCUAAUAUCAGAUCUAAAUCCACCCUUUUGUUUAAAACCAUCACCCCUAGACCUCUCGCUACAUUUGCUGACUGAACACCUCCUUUGGGUGUUCACCCUUUGGCCCCUUUGGGCCACUGUAAGGACUCCUUGCAGCCUUCUUUUCCUCCAGGCUGAACACCCACCCCAUCUCCCUCAGCCCAUCCUCACAGCAGAGAUGCCCUCUGCUCACGGAAAGGGGAAACCCAGCCCUUCAGCUCCAAAUCUCCCCAUUUUUUCGGCCUGACUCAUGCGACGAGGCAGUGGUGGGGCAAAUGGGGCACUGUGGCUCACAUGAGGGGCCACAGUUCAGACCCAGCCCGGGAAGGGGGGUCGGUUCUGUGCUUCCCCGUCAGGGAGCGGCUCCUCGGGGCGGUGCAGGCUGCGGCUUCCCCCGCUCGCACCGCCCCGCUGCCUCAUUUCCUGAAGGAAGAGGAAGGUUUGCUACGAGAUCAGCGCCGCUGCCCUCGCACCGAGCUGCGCCCUGCCCGUCGCCAUGCCGGCUUACCAUUCAACUUUAAUGGACUCAGAUACCAAGCUAGUGGGUAACAUGGCACUGUUACCCAU